GGCUUUGGCAGCCACAAGACGCCGUCGAGGCUGCCCAUAUCGCUGCGACGGCGCCGCGAGAGUAGCAUCGGUCGCCGGCGCCCACGCGUCACGCAUUGACGCGACCACCACUGGGGCCUGAUGAGAGCAAUGAGGCUGCUCCCCCUCGCCUACCUCACAACAGGACAAGCCUUCACGAACGGCACCUGCCUCGAGCAUCUAUCUGAUAGCAUCUCGUGUAGGUGGAACGACGCCGUGGAGGCGUGGGACGUUCCGAAACGCAAUGGCCUCGGCCGCGUCGCGGUCGUUUAUUACCAGCCGCCCACGCUGAAGCAGCCCGACCUCGGCCUUGCACGGGCCCUGGAGACGUGGACGCGGGCGACGAAGCGUCAAGUACUGAUGCUGAAUGUCGCCUCCCUAGAAAAGGCGCGCCCGGCGCAUCCCGGAGAGCUGUGCCACUUUUUACAGAGAAGGGUCGACCAUCUUAUUGUAAAAUCGAACUGGGACUACGUCGUGGACGUGUUUGUCAGGAGGCACCUCUGGGAGGACGACGGUAGCGCUUGUGCACUUACGAGAUCCUUGCAGAUCGCGGGGAGCUAUCCCCCACCUACUGGUGUUGCACUGUCGCGGUUCUAUGAUGUGUUGUAUCCAGAAACAAACUGGUACCUCGACGCGUUUUUGAGGGAGAAGCAUCCACGAUUAGUCCAAGCGUUUGGGAUUAAUGCCGACGGCGCGAGAGAAGCAUGCACACCAACGGAAGAGACGUGGGACUACCUCUUCGUCGGCGCCUUCGGGGACCACCUCGGCUUCAAGCGGCCCGAGGCCCUGGCCCAGCUGAAUGGGAGACGUCUGGCGAUCGGCAAGAUUCGGGACAACGGCGGCUCGAUUUCCGACAUCGCCCAGCGAGCUAUAGAUAAGUUACAGGCCUCGGGCGUCGAGGUGCGCGAGGCCGUAUCUUGGAUCGACAUGAUGGCGCUGGUCGCAUCAUCAAAAAACGUGCUCGUCCCCGACGACUGGCGCGGGGGUGGGGAACGGGCGGUGCUCGAAGCUAGAGCGUGCGGUGUCACUGUUCUUGUGGCGGAGGACAAUCCCAAGCUUCAAUCUUUAAGGGAGGGUCCGCUCUACACGACGCUCUUCUACGCGGGGCAGCUCGAGCUUGGCCUGCUAAAGGUCGAGGCGGCUUUGCUUCGACAUCGUGCUGGAGACACGUGCGGCGUCGCCGCCGUCCGUGGGGAUGGAGACGGCUGCGCCCUCGCCGACGAGUUCCACGCGCGGCUGCCUGCUGAGGUCCUGCGGGCGCCACUUGAAACACACCUCCGCGGCGGGGAACUGUGAUAAGUGUCUGU